AUGGGGGAACGACAAUACAUAAGAAGUCACCGACACAGUUGGUGGCCACCGAGACCGCCAUGGAUAACAUUGAUGUUGGUGUCAUUAUUAGUUAAUUUGGCGUACACUUCGAUAACCUGUGGCCCGGGUAUUAAAUCAGCUGGAGUAACCGUUCCGAGAGGCGACAUUGUCAUUGAAUACGGCACCGGAGUCCCCUUGGAAAUCACGUGCGUUUUAGAUCCCGAUAAUGAAAAAGUGCGAAACCUGUUUCGGAAUGAUACCGCUGACGGCGGUGAAGCUACUACGCCGAGUCAGCGGAUCAUGUUCUACAAGAACGCCGAACGCGUGUCCAGACAGUACAUGACAAUUAUCAAUUCAACGGCGGCUCAACUACACAUAUCCGAUCCGCCGGCUGGCCGAGAUACCUAUUAUUGCACGCUGUUACUUAACGAACAACUGCGUCCUAAUCACGACUACGAUAAUAGCAGCGAUGCACAGUUAUCCACGCAGUCUAGCGAUUCGCCGACGUUUCCCACCCAGCCGCCGACGAGUUUGGAAACCAGUGGACCCCCUUCGCUGGUAUCGCAAGCAUCCGAGGUCGGGGUGUGCCUCAACAGCGUUGCCGUCGGAUAUAAGCCGGCUAUAAUUACAAAUUUUUCUUGUAUAUCUGAUAAUUGGGUAAGUUUGACAUGUAAUUGGACCAAACCAGAGAACCCAAUUAAAACAUCAUACAAGUUAUUCUUCAGAUUACCUGGUCGUGCUGGGGGCAGAACUAUUAUAAAUUGUCCUAAGGAUUCAGAUUCCAGAGAAAAUACUUGUUAUUGGGAUUUCUCUACUACACCAAUAUAUAGACAACCAUACGAAUAUUAUUAUUUUACACUAAUUGGUGAUAACAUAUUGGGAAACUCAACUACGACUAUUCGUUUUCAUCAUUAUGCUAAUGUUAUCCCCGCGAGCCCUAUUAAUAUUACAGUGGUAGAUAAAACUCAAUCUAGUGCCAUGCUAAGGUGGUCUGUAGGCACAAUGACAGCCUUUCCACGAGAACUAAUUCAUAAGAUCGAAUAUAAGUCUCAAUGGGAUUCCAAUCCUGAACAUUGGCAUUCCGUAAAUGUAAGUGAUGUUUGUAAUUCGUCAUCAACGUCCAAUCACACCAGUUCUUAUUCAAAUUGUCGAGAACGUGACACAGACUAUUAUUAUUUUAAUGUAACCGAUUUAAAAUACCCGUUCACGCAUUACGAUUUUCGAAUAUAUGUACGUUCUUCAGUUGCUCGUGGGGAGGACAAAUGGUCUCCUCCUGGCUGUAUAACUUUGAAAACCAAGCCUUCGAUACCUAGAAGACCUCCUCGAACUGAUGUAGGAAGCUUUGAGUGUGUAACGUCACCUGUCGAUAAAUCCAAAAGAGACGUGUUUAUUUAUUGGCAGAAUAUUGAUGACAACGAGAAAUGUGGUGAAUCGUUUGAGUAUCGUGCUUACUAUACUACCACAACUUCAGAUAAUAAAACCCUUAUUCACCGCAGUAACGAAACAUAUAAGAAUUAUGCCAAGUUUGAAGGACUCAAUACCGACAUCGGAUACAAUUUUACUGUGUAUUCAUCAAAUAAAGAAGGUUUAUCAACCGAGUAUUCAACAAUUUUUGUUCCCAACGAAUCAGACAAACUUGACGAACCGUUAUCGUUUACAAAAAUGGCAUUUGAUGAACGAGGUGUAUUUGAACUUUCGUGGAAAAAUGCUAGUAGUCAAAAAUCAUUAGCAACUAAUCAAGUUAAUGAUUAUACUAUAUUUUGGUGUGAAAAUGAUAAGGACCGUCCAUACCAGUGUAAUGGUUAUAUGAAUUGGAUGCAUAUACCAAGUUCAGAAUCUUGCUAUAAUAUUACUGUAUCAGAUCAUAUGAAAAUUUAUCAAUUUGCCAUAAGCGCUAACAGUCAAAGCACACCAAAGACUGGUGUUACUAGUAUUUAUCAACCCACUUAUACUAGUAGUGGGAUGGUAUGGGCAUCAUGUACAGUACUACAUAAUAAAAUCGUUGGAAAAAUAAAAAAUGUUUGGAUAAAUAUGAUUGGCUCGACAUCUAUGGAAUUGAGAUGGAAACUCGACUGCUCUGACAGAAUAGGCGCAAUUCUAGGAUUUCGUAUAUUUUACUGUCCUGUAGUAUCCAUAAAUAAUUCUGCGUGUAAAGAACCUAUGUUAAAUAAGACUGUUAGUGGUGAGAUGGCACAAGAUAGCAGAGGAAUAGCAAGCAUUACAGAUCUCAAAUCAUAUACUACAUACAUGGUUACCAUUGCAUUGAUCACUAAACAUGGCGAAGGAUUACAUAGCGAUCCUUUGCUCAACACCACUCUAGAAGGAGCACCCGACAUUCAAAACCUUAUUAUAAAUGUCACGAGUCUGACCAAUACGACCGUCUCUCUUCAGUGGUCGCCUCCUAAAUUCACGAAUGGUAUUGUCCGUUACUAUCAUAUUUAUUAUUAUUUGGACGAUGUAUUACAGCAACAGGAUCUGAUUGAUUCAUUCGACGAACAACAGGUCAUAAAUGAACAACGUCGUGUUACAGUUCAUGACACAAAGUGUCGUCUGGAACACCUUGAGAGUUAUAGAAGCUAUACAAUUACCAUUACAGCAUGCACAACAGUUUGUUCAGAGCGCUCACUUCCCAUAAAAGUGCGAACAGCUGUAGGACUGCCAGGAAGGGUUCCUCAACCAACAUUAAAUUACGAAAACAGCACUAGGGUAGCUGUGUCUUGGCAGAAACCCGUGAAACCGGCUGGUCCAGUGGAUUAUUAUGAAUUAAUUGUAGCGCAUCAUAGUGGGCCCACAAAUUCACAACAAACUACUACAAAUGGCGGAUCGUCUUCACCCACCGCUUUAGCUUCCACUCAAAUACAAGAAAAUCCUAACAAUUACUACUACCGCAGCAAUUCAAACGUGUUUCGUGUGCCUGUUCCCGAUUGUAAUAAUGAACAAGAUAGGGGUCAACAAACGUUUUCAUUUGCUGUAAGAGCUGUGAAUAACAAUCCACUGGAUCCUCAUACGCCAUAUUAUGGUCAAUGGUCGACUCCAGGGUCGGUCAAUUGUGUGUUGCCAGGUCUUCCUCUAGCGCUUCAUUUAGUCAUAUGGUCAUGUUUGUUCAUCGUUUUGUCCACUGUUUCCACUUACUGGGGUAACAGACUUUGGAGAAAAUACAAAGUGAUGCAUAACGUAGAAGUAGUUCUACCACCCACGUUGAACAUCAAUUUUAAAUUUGACCAUUACAACAACUUUGGUGAAAACGUGUUGGACUCGGGUCAACAGUAUUACGUGGAGGACGGUCACAUUAUUUACGAAAACGCUCCGACUGACAUUGAUGCCACCACUAUCGCGUUCUACAACGGAAAUUCGUCAGGGUCUAAUCGCCGCAAAAACAGCAGCGUCAAUGCCAGUGCCGAGCGUCUGCCGUCGUCCCGGUGGAGUCCCGCGACGGCUUCGACAACCAUUACAGUGGCCGACGACGACGACUCUUCGUCCAGCAAACAUCAACUCAUAAUGCCAUCGUCAUCGUUGCCAAAAACGAAGAGCGAGAGUCUUAGCGACGGCAACAGUGUGAAAAGCGAAGAAGAAGUGCUAGAGGCGGUUCAGCCCACGGAACCUGUCAUGCCGUUCUUUUCGUUGCCAGCUACGCCAACGAUAACACCCAUCCCAAAGAUCGGCAAUACGACGGUGGCGCUAUGCGGCAGCAACAUCGUCCGCAGCGGUAACGGUUACCAAAGCGGCGCCGGUAACAGCGGUUACCAGAGCACCGGCAAAGGUUACCAGAGCAGUGCUAAAGGUUACCAGAGCAGCGGUAAAGGUUACCAGAGCAGCGAUAAAGGUUACCAGAGCAGCGAUAAAGGCUACCAGAGCAGCGGUUAUGGUUACCGGACCAGUAGUAAUGGCUACCAGGGCAGCAACAUCUGUCAGGACGUCACGAAAAACCGAUUGGUCGGCGACAGUGUUGUUGUUGCCCCUGCGGCGGUCAUAAGCUGUUUUGUGGGCGACCAGCGGCAGUCAAAUGAUAAACACCUCAGUCGGUGUGGCGGUGGUAAUUCAUCGCCCGCCGCUGAUGGUGGAAAAGAAUUUGUAUUUCCCGCCGUGGAAUCUAUCAUUGACGAAAACCGGUCACACCACGAACAGAAAAGUGAACCGUUGCCUUGUUGCCUCGACAAUAAACAACAAUCGCCAUUGCCACGGCCGCCACAACAACAAAACCGAAACGACGGCUAUUGUGGCAAACAAAUGAUGAUUGCAGCGGCCGCCGUUGCCGGUGCCGCCACCAACAAUCUUGGCAGAAUCAACGGCUGCGAAACGACAACGCUAAGUCAACAGCAACAGCUACCGUUGCCGCCGCUACCGUCCACGCCGCCGCAACAACAAAAACUGCUGCAAUCGCCAAAACUGCUGCAAUCGCCGCCUCCGCCACCCCCGUCGCCGGCGCAACAACAAAAACCGACGACGGCGACGCUUAUCGCUUCGAGCGCUGCGUACGUCAUGUUGGACAUGGUGACCGCGGCGGCCGAGAAAAAGCGACUACUCCACAUGGGCGGCGGACGAAUCGACUACGGUAAACCUGUCGUCGUCGUCCAACAGCCCGCCGUAUCGGUGGACGCCAGUUGCGCUACUUCCACUGCUCAAGUAUGAAAUAAUCGCGCUCUGUCUAUAAUAUUAUUAUGUCUUAUGUCUAAAAAAAA